AUUCCUGUGAAGUUACGUACUCUUAUAUGAGGUAUUAUUCUUCACACUGUCUAUUACCAACUCAGAAUACAGUUUAAAUACUUGUUGGAUAUAGUACAUCACUUGUGUUGCGUUAUUAUAUAUAGCAACAUGAAGACUGAAGACAGGGAUAGCUCCAACCCUCACACUCCCAAGGCCAGCAAGGCUAGAUGGUUUAUGGAGGCAGUUGUGAUUAUGUCUGUGACAACCUUGGCCACCAACAUUGUUGAAACAGUCUUCUUUACACGGUUUGAUAAACGUUCUGUUCUUCAUUCCGUGAUAUUUAUAUCAUUUUAUAUGUUAUUUUAUUUCCUGUACAAGAAGUACUGUGAUAGGUUACGCCUAGGAUGGCACUCGGAACAGGUCCUCGCAAGCACGUGACAAUCAUUCUGACGCGUCGGGCACACAUUUAAGCGAGCCUUUACAUACUAGCUUCUUCCUUCCUUUCUUUCUCUCUCCAUCGGAUCCUUCUUGUAUAUAGCUAGAUAAUAGCUUUAGGGGUCAACCCUUUACAAGUACAAGCUGUCAUGGAACAUGAACACUCCACCGCCGUAUAGAAUAUUUGAUUAUUCUGGCUUGUUUGAGGGUAGGACAUUCACUGAAGCAUCGCUUAAAACCCCUCGCACACACUAGAUAGUUGGUCACUGACAGGCCCGUGUCUUUCCUUCUUUUUCUUCUCAUGUUGGAAUUUCGCGAGAUAGUCUACCA